AUGUUCUCCAAGACCGCCGUCGCCAUCACCUCCUUCUUGGCCAUUGCCGAGGCCGUCAAGGUCACCUCGCCCGCCAAGGGCGACAACUGGGACCUCUCCCAGACCCACGAGAUCAAAUGGGAGACCGUCUCCAGCGACCCCAAGAGCUUCGAGAUUGUCAUCGUCAACCAGUCCGGCUACCCCCAGGUCUCCGAGACCAUCGCCACCGUCCAGGCUGCCGAUGGCAAGUACGAGCUGAAGGACGCCAAGGUCGCCGCCGGCAGUGCCUACCAGAUCAACCUCGUCUCCGUCGACCCCGAGAACUCUGGCAUUCUGGCCCAGUCCAACCAGUUCAACUUCAUUGGCUCUGACGAUUCCUCUUCCGCCUCUGCCUCUGACUCUGCUUCCGCUACGGCGUCGGCCAGCGCCUCGGGCUCUGCUGCCUCUGCCUCUGUUACCGGUUCGUCAUCCUCGGCUUCUAGCUCCGCGGCCUCUGCCACUGCCACGGCCACCCAGAGUUCCGGCCUGACCACCGUGACCACAGCGACCACCGGCUCUGCCGCUGCCACUGCCUCUGCCUCUGGAACCGCUGCCUCUCACGCCUCCAGCUCCGGUACCGCCACUGGCUCCGCUGCCUCCGGGAAAUCCACUGCCCCCAGCAGCGCCUCCGCUAUCAAGUCCACUUUCGCCAUCUUGGGCUCCGUCGCCGUUGCCGCCUACAUGCUCUUGUAA